CAAAUAAUAUAGAAAAAAUAUAACGUCACAAAUCAUGGUAGCGUUCUUGUUCACACUUCAGUACUUCACACAAUCACACCGAACCUGACGGACCAGACAUAACCUAUUCUGUUUAGUUCAAUACUUCAAUAUAAUAUUUUAAAUACGGUGCGUUCUCGGUGAAAUAUUCGUAAAUCAUAAUAUUCCAGUCUUUUGCACGCCCAACAGUCAACAGCUGGCGAUACCCGCCGGUCAAUCCUCGAUUUGCGUCUAUAGGCAACUUUUUAAGAGCAGUUUUAAUUUUUCUUCGUUCAGUUUCGUGUUCAAAACCGGGUAAAAUUGUUUGCGUGUAACUAUUGGGUUCAAAGUUCAAACCCUUUUGACGUCCUGAUUUCGCCAUGUAUCCGCAAGUGAACAAGGAAAAUAAUUUGCCAUCAGCUCCACCAUCCUAUUCGGAUUCAAUGAAUGCUCCAAAGUAUGAGAUCUACAAUCAAGGAGAUAUUGGAGGCCAUUCAUACUCCACGUCAACAAUGGAACCUCCACAGCCCACUCGAGUGUUCGUUGUCCAAGGAAGUCCGGAGAUUUUACCACCAUUGGGUCCAAGAUCAGUACAGUUGACAUGUCCAACGUGUAAAUUAUUAGUGAUGACAAGAAUUGAAGAAGAGUCAUCAUCUAAUGCUUAUUUAUGCUGCAUGUUGUUAUUUAUUGUUGGGUGUUUCGUUUGUUCAUUUCUGCCAUUAUGCAUGGAUAACUUUAAGAACAGUAAGCAUUCAUGUCCAAAUUGUAAUGCUUUUAUUGGGAUUUACAAACCAUAAGCCAAUAAUAAUAUUAAUCAUCAAAUUAAUCAAAUGUGCAAACUGCAACUGUUUAAAAUACUUUAUUCCUCAUUAUAUUAUUACAUUUUAUUACAUUCAUUACUAAUAUUACACAUUUAAGUUUAUUUUUGACAAUAUUUCUUGUUUGGUAAACUAUUCAAUUUUGGAAUAGUUAUACAUAUACGUCUGUUUGAACUUGUAGUGAAUAUAGUUAUCCUAUAGUUAUCUGGACAUUUCUAAUUCAAAAUAAUAUGUUCUCUUAUGAUGUUAAUAGUUAAAACAAUUAAUAUAUUUGUAUUCUAAUAGAAGAAAUAAGUAGGUUAUGAUCUUUUACAUAACUGAAACGCACUAAAGUUUAUUCAAUUGUUUUUGCUCUUAAAUCAAGUUUUAUUAUAUAAAUUAAAUUUCUUGAGAUAAGUUGAAAAAAAGAAAAGGUUCAUUGAUAUAAAAACUGGAAUCUAACUAUUUAUUUAUUUUUAUUAUUAAAUAUUCAAAUAAUCUA